GUAGCAACAGCGGCAGCGGCAGCAGUAGCGGCGGCCCCGGGAGCGAGUGUCCCUGGGCCCGCCCGAGAUGAUCCGGGUCGCCGUGGGCUGGACCUGCCUCUGGCUGUGGUGCUCCGCGUGCGUGCUGGCCCACGGUUUGCGCAUCCAUGAGUAUCUGUACUUCCAAGUGCUGAGCCCAGGGGACAUUCGCUACAUCUUCACUGCCACUCCUGCCAAGGACUUUGGGGGUGUCUUCCAUACGCGGUACGACCAGAUCCAGCUGGUCCCAGCUGACCCCCCGGAGGCCUGUGGACCCCUCAACAACGGGUUCUUCAUCCAAGACCAGAUUGCCCUGGUGGAGCGGGGGGGCUGCUCGUUCCUCUCCAAGACCAGGGUGGUACAGGAGCACGGGGGCCGGGCGGUGAUCAUCUCGGACAACGCCGAGGACAAUGACAGCUUCUACGUGGAGAUGAUCCAGGACAGCACCCGCCGCACGGCCGACAUCCCGGCGCUCUUCCUGCUUGGCCGCGACGGCUACAUGAUCAGACGCUCCCUAGAACAGCACGGGCUGCCCUGGGCCAUCAUCUCCAUCCCCGUCAACGUCACCAGCAUCCCCACCUUUGAACUCUUACAGCCACCCUGGACUUUUUGGUAGAGGAGAUGCGGCUCCCCCAGCCUCAAGACUCUGCACUGGGGGGAAGGAGGCACCAAAGCCCGGGGCGAGCGUCUGCUCUUUGGGGCUGGCUCACACUGGGGGAAGAAAGCCAUGUUUUGGGGCAGUGAAGAGGGAGCCCAAGGCCAAACCAAGGGACCCAUGACCUCCCUCUUCCCUGCCCUUCCCAAGGUCCUGAGCCCCGACCUAGUCAGGAGCCGGGGCACAGGGACCAGGGAGGUGGGGGGGAGCCCGAGAACGGUGCUGUUCUGAGGGAGGGCCAAAGGGGAAUCCCCCCUCCCCAUACCUUCCUGGACAGCCACCACCGUUAGCACAAUAAAGCCUUCCUGGAUUUUUACUGA